CAGCCCAGCGGGAAAGCACCCCCAGUGGGCUCUCUGGCUACACAACCAUUCCUCCUUCCACCACUUCCUCAAGCAUAACCGUCAUCAUUCCACUCCUUACUGACAAUAACGGAACCAACCAGACCAACGUUUGCCUUUUCUUUUUUUUUCCUUCGCACCUUUUUGCAUAGUCGGGCGUUUGUUGUUUCCUCGAGGCGGUAGAUUGCCGCCCCUAUUCGCUUGGCCAGGGCCUCCCAUAGACUCACAACCCGCGGCUGCCGCUCUCUUCGAGUUCCAGCCGCCUUCGAUCGUUCGCGUAUACUACCCGUCAAACAACAGCCUGGCGUUCUACCACCGUCCUACCUCGAACGCAGUCGACUUGCAGCCGCUCCAGUUUCCCAAAAGGCUCCGUCUCCCUUUAUACUACGGCCUCCUUCGGCAUCGCUUGCUCGCCGGGCACAUAUCACUCUUGGCUUGGCGCGAGGUGACGCUACUACCUCCGCUCGGGCAGGCCGCUGCUCGUCGUGCUCCUCUGGUUGCCGUUCAUGCCAGGUACGUCUGGGUCGUCCAUCACCGCGGAACUCCCCGCCCAAACAGACAGCAUUGGACCUUUGCGUAGUCCAGACAAGCGAUUCGCGUCCUUCGCACAUAACCACGGCUGGAUUCAGGCCUGGGGCUGACCUCUCCAUCCUGAGACAGGCUCGAAGAAGGACCGGAAGAAUGGCAAAGAAGGCGGCGGCGUGGUCGCAGCGGUGACGAAACAUGGUGCCAAGUUCUCGUGAGUCUCCUCGGUGCUGUGGUGACUGCCGGACGAGUCUGUCGCCUUGGCGGGGGUGCCCGAGGCUGACCAUGCCACAAGCAGCGGAAAUGCCACCAAAGUACCGUCCCCCAACCCCUCGCCCGUCAUCUCUCCCGAGAUGAAACCCUCCAGCCUGUCUUCGAACGACAACCACACCGCUUCGCCGUUGCUGGACGCGGUCUCCUCGACAUCAUACGCAACUAGUAACUCACCGAGCACGAGGGAGUGGGCAAGAGGGCUUGGUCCAGGAAUGGCCGGGUCCCCGGGGAACCUCAUCAGCCUGGCGGGGGAGUCCCCGCCCACAGCCCCGUCCUCUUACGAGGACACGCGCGGGAUCCGCUCCGGCUGGUCCUCACCGAGACCGGCCGGAGGCUACUAUCCGUCCUCGGCCUCUCCGCCAACCGCCGGCCGCCGGCCGCUGAGCUUCCACAUGGAGAAUCAGUACUCGCCUCCGGAUCCCCAUCUCCAGCUCGCCGCCGCCGCGACGAGACGCAGCUCGAUGCACUCGCAUUAUGCCCAGCUCAGGGCUGCCUCCAACCCGCCUCUUCCGCACCAACCGCAGCCCCACUUCUAUGGCGCCCCUGCAGUCGACCUUGAUCUGCAGCCACAGACGGGGAUGAAGGCCGGCGAGAGAGGCUACUAUUUUGGCUUUGACACCCUCUCGCCGCAGGAUACCGACCGCGUGCCUGGAAAGGACGCAGUGGUCCUAGCGGGAUAUGAAGGAGGGCUCGAGGUGUUCUCAGUCGGGAAACGGGGCCUCGAGAGCGCCGCCGGCCUGAAAGGGCUGCGCGGAGGCGUCUAUCACGCCAAGAUACUGCCGUGGACGCCCGAGAGCUCUGGCCUGUAUCCCCUGGUGGCCGUGGUCAUCCACGGUCCAGUGUUCCCGCCGCCGGCGCCCGAAGGCGCUGCCGACGGAGACUACGACGCGGUCUCUGCCGAGAGGUCGGAGGCGAUGAGCAACGCAAGCCCCGACCCGGCGACUAGGAAUCUUGGCAACCGGGUUGCCCCUGGGUUCGUCGACUCUUACCAGACCACGGUCGAGGUUUUCUCGUUGAAGACGGGUCGUCGAGUGAGCGUUCUCCUCGACGCGCCCAAGGUCUCCCUCAAGUCGCCCAUCACCAGCCCGGGCUUCAAGGCGCCUCCGCCGACGGGGGCAUUCCACAUUCAUGCCGAUGGCGGCAAUGUUGUCGUGUCCUCUGGCGUCACGGGUGAAUGCUGGAUCUACCGGCAGGCGCCCGCCGCUAACGAGCACCCGUUCCACUUCCGUUGCCACGGCAAGCUCUGGACCACACUCCAGCAACCGCCCAAGGGAGGGGAGGCCGCCCAGGAGUCGGAACGGAGCCGUUCCCCUGCUCCUUCACGUCCUCGGCCGCAGGUUGCGAUUCUCAGCGUCAGCGGCAGAUGGAUCGCCUACUGUCCCGCCGCUCCCUCCUCCCAGAUUGCGCUGCGGGCGCUGGUUCCCGUGCCGACGUCCGGUCGUGCGCCCGGCCUGGCAUCGGUGACCCCGCCGCAGCUGCCAACUGCCAAUGUCGAUCUCGACCUUCCCCUGACAGAGAGCGUCAUGAACAGGAUUAUGCGAGACGCUACGCAGGAGCUGAUUCAGGGGGCGAAAUGGGUUGGCAAACAGGGCUGGCAAGCGUGGAACAACUAUUGGAAUCCGCAACCGAACCAGCCGCAACAGCGCUCGCCGAUUCUCGCUCCGCAGAGCUGGGGCGGAACGGGGGCUACGCGGGCCGAUUCUUCGCAGUUCCCACCAACGCACGGUACGGUUGCUCAGCCCAUUGCCAAGGAACCGGGGCUGGUCUCCAUCUUGGAUCUCGAGACCCUUAGCUCCUCGGUCAACCCGCAUCCGAUCGCCACUUUCGCUAUCCCUCACGGCUGCAGCUUCCUUUCCUUCUCGCCGACCGGCCUCUCGCUAUUCAGCGCGAGCAGCAAGGGCGAUGUGCAAAGUGUAUGGGACCUGAUGCGGAUCCAACUCACCAAGUCUUCGCCACUGCAGGCCGCCGGCUCGCCCUCGGGCGGACCGCGGGUGCGCCAGGUCGCGCAGUUUUCCCGGAUGACGGUCGCGCGCAUUGUCGACGUCGCCUGGACGCGCCCUAAUGGCGAGCGCCUGGCCAUGGUCACGGAACGUGGCACCGUCCAUCUGCUGGACCUGCCAUCGAGCGCAUUUACAUGGCCCCCUCCGCGCCGCAGGCGGGGUCAACAGGCUCAAGCUGCGGCUUCGGAAGGGCCGACGACUUCGGCAGUUUCAAUCGCGUCAAACGCGCUGAGCUCAGUUCGUGAGGUUGCGCGCCCGCUUAUCAACCGCCAACGGAGGAGCAACCCCACCACGCCGGCGACGACAGGCGCCGGUCUCGGGGAAUAUGCCACACAUGGCGGAAAGGUCAUCGCCGCGAGCAUCAGCCAUUCGCUAGGCAAGACCGGCAACGCAAUCAACCAGCUUCGGCACACUGGAGAGAACAGAGUCUCCCUCCCGAGCUCCUCCUCGCUCCCCCGAUCAGCUUGCGUGAUCUGGGUUUCUGGCAAGAGGGCCCACUCGCUCUUCGUUCUUGGUAACGGCCUUGUUCGGACGUUCCCGGCUAAGAGCCGGCGGGCGCUCUCGGGGACUUCCGACAAGCGUGCGCCGCGCCUUUCCCGAUACGCCGACUUCCAGGUUCCGCUGUUGCCAGACCAUGUCUUGUCCCCGCUAGUCAAGCAUAUCCUGGACCCGGACGAGUUCCUUGACGUUGAGAACCUGGACGCAGCCGACAACACCUUGGUUCUCAACCAGCCCCGGCUACGCACACGAGUGCAGGAUCUCAGCGCCGAGUCCUCUAUCCCCCAGGCCGAGAUAGAAUCGAGCGCUCCGUAUCAGCCGUUUCAUACGGACAGGCGAGUGGCGCUGUACGAACUGGGGCCCGCCCAGCAGGAGGCGGAUCUCACGGCUCCCAUGGCAGCCACUUCGCUCGACGAAACCCCGCAAGAGUCCACUCCGCGCCGCAAGAAGGGCUCUCGACAGGCUCAAGCCCAAGAUACGCCGGCCGCCUCAUCCAAGCCGUCCGGCCCGUGGGUAUUCGGCCAGCCGAUCCAGGCGACCAGGCUCGACCUCGGCGUGCCUCAGCUCCUCGAUGACGACCCGUUCAGCCUGGCCCUCGACGAUUCGCGCGCUCUGCCAGCAUCUGCAAUGGAAAGGAUUCUGCAGAGGACGGGCGACGACGACGCGCAGAUUGUGGUGACUACCCGCCGACGACGGGGGGCCGCAUCGCUGCAGGAUGAAGAUGGGUUCUUCGAGGAUGACUGUGAGGUCCUUGACUUUGCGGAUCAGCGGGUCUAAGGAGCGUCCGGGUGGCUUUGGCACCUGUUCUGCUUGAUUUAGCCAUCACGCCCCGCGGCUCGGGUUCGGGAUCGGUCUUGGA